AUGUCUAGCAGCACGAAAUCCCACCUGCGGUCCCUCUAUCGGCGCGUGCUGCGCGAACUGCCUCCUCUUCCUGGCCCACGGCAUCGAUCUCCACGUACGCCAAUCCACGCAAGUAUCCGCUCGCAUUUCUCCCAGAUCCCUGCAAACAGCAGCGAAGAAUACAUGCUCGCACGGCGGCAAGAGGUAGAGCAGUUCGUCGCAUAUUUACGUGCGCAACGCAUGUACGGGACGUUGCUCGCGCGGUAUAAUCCUGGAAUGGGCAUGGAUGAGGAAGAGAGAGUGCGCUUGACGGCACGAAGAGUCGGUAUGGAGAUGCCAGUCGAGUAUGAGUGGAAGUUGAAGCGGUGA